UCCCACGAUCAUGGCACGUUAUCAGCUUUUCAGUUCGCUUCUCCUUCUGGCCGUCCUGGCCGUAACUUGCGCCGCCCAGACUCCAGUCCGUCGCACUCUGCGCCUGCGUCCGGUGGCCUUUGCCAGACAGGAGGUGGCGCCCACACCCUAUCCUUCGGCUGCGGAACUCAAGCCUGCCGCCGAACAGCCCGCUCUGACCUAUGGACCCCCCGAAGAUGUGGACACGGACGCCUUGCCAUCGGAACAGGAGCCACCGGUGGACAGCUUCGAGCCCAACCCGGAGACCGAGGAGGUGGAUACCGAGGAGAGCUCCCUGGAGGCCACCACGCCCUCCUCCGCUCCCGCACGCCUGCGCAUCCGCCAAAGAUUGGCCAAAUUGCAGCUGGCCAAGCCCAAGCGCCUGCGCCAGCGCAUCGCUCGCCUGGAGGAGCUGCCCGUGGAUGAGGCAGUGGCUCCAGUGGUUCCGGCCCCCCAGGCUCCAGUGCUGACUACGCCCCAGUUUUAUUAUGUGGGGGCGGGCCAGCAGCCCUAUUACCUCGCCUACAACGCUGCUCCCCAGCAGUUGGGCUGGUAAGCAAUAGCUCCAGUGUUUAAAUUAAUCACUGUUCGGUUUGAA